GACAGACUGGCUUUGUAAGAAAUUUGCUGAUAUAUAAAUCAUCCAAUGCUCUCCAGACAACUUCAGCGUAAUAUCCUAAAGGUUGCUGCUGCUCCUUCUGUCCGAUUAUCAUUGGCCAAGCAAGCUCCCAGAGUUGUUCUCUUCUCGCUCAGAACUUUCUCCAAUACCGCCCAAAAGCAGAAUGCCUCUACUGUAGAGACCCUUACGCCUAACAGCGAUUCCCUCGGAUUCGAGACCACGGCUAUAGAGAAGCCCGGUCGACCUAUUUAUCUCGAUAUGCAAGCCACUAGCCCUAUGGAUCCUCGAGUCCUGGAUGCCAUGCUCCCUUACUUGACCGAUUUAUACGGUAAUCCUCAUUCCCGAACUCACCAGUAUGGCUGGGAAACUGAGAGGGCUGUUGAAGAAGCUCGUGAACAAGUAGCUAAGCUCAUCGGUGCCGACCCCAAGGAAAUCAUUUUCACUUCUGGUGCCACCGAGGCUAACAACCUUAGUCUUAAGGGUGUUGCCCACUUUUACAAGGGCAAGAAGAAGCACAUCAUCACUACUCAAAUUGAACACAAGUGUGUUUUGGAAUCAUGCAGAGUAUUGCAAGAAGAAGGUUUUGAUGUCACCUAUCUUCCUGUUCAACCCAACGGAUUGAUCGACAUCAAGCAAUUCGAAGAAGCUAUCCGCCCUGAUACUUCCAUUGUCUCCAUCAUGUCUGUCAACAAUGAGAUUGGCGUCAUUCAACCUAUUGAGGAAAUUGGAAAGAUUUGCCGCAAAAACAAGGUCUUCUUCCACACCGAUGCUGCUCAAGCUGUCGGCAAAAUCCCCAUGGAUGUGAAUGCCAUGAAUAUUGAUUUGAUGAGUAUCUCCGGCCACAAACUCUAUGGCCCCAAGGGUAUUGGAGCCAUUUAUGUUCGCCGUAGACCCAGAGUUCGAUUGGAAGCUGUACAAAGCGGUGGUGGUCAAGAAAGAGGCAUCCGUAGCGGUACCGUGCCUACCCCCUUGGUUGUCGGCCUUGGCGCUGCUUGCAAGAUUGCAACGGAGGAGAUGGAGUAUGACGACCAGCGAAUCAGCCGCCUUUCAAAGCGCUUGAUCGAUGGCAUCCAGUCCAAGGUUGAACAGGUUGUUCGUAACGGAGAUGAUGUGCACACUUACCCUGGUUGCGUCAAUCUUUCAUUCUCUUAUGUCGAAGGCGAGUCACUCUUGAUGGCUCUCAAGGAAAUUGCUCUCUCAUCUGGAUCUGCUUGCACGUCUGCCUCCCUUGAGCCUUCCUACGUCCUCCGCGCCCUUGGUGCUGACGAUGAAAUGGCUCACAGCUCAAUUCGUUUCGGUAUUGGCAGGUUUACAACCGAAGCAGAAAUCGACUAUGUGAUUAAUCAUGUGGUUGGCCAUGUUAACAAGCUUCGUGACAUGUCACCUCUGUGGGAGAUGGUUCAGGAAGGCAUCGACCUCAAGUCCAUUCAAUGGAGUCAACACUAAACGCCACGUCCCCCUUUCACUAAACUUGUACGUUUUUUCGAGAAGAUGAGGGGAAAUAGGCUGAUAUCUGUAUCACCACAACGUGGUACCAUAGCUUUUUGCUGGCAUGUAUGUUAUUGAUUAAGUACAAUAAAAUAUAAAGAAAAAAAAAUGAUAAUGAAAAAGAAAUAAAAAGUAAAA